CAUUCUCAAGUGUACAAGGGAUUUAGAAUCUCACUUCAUAUCCAUCGCAGAAGGAGAUGUUGCAUCUGUAGUGCCCAAGUGUGGCCUGGGACGAUCUGGUCUGCUGAUCACGAUGCACAAUAAAGAUUCGAAAAUGACAAAUUGUAUUCCCUCGAAUCGCUGUCUGUUGAUUUUCAAGUGUACCUGGUAUGGCUUCACAGCCUUGCGAGAUCUGUCACACCAUCAAUUCACGGCUUGCAUGAUGUAAAAGAAUAACCGAUCAAAACCGGCUACCUUGUCUGCAAAUCCACUGUCACCACGUUACACGACACUCUCCUGUAUGAUUACACGCAUAUCAGCAUUUCUGAAAGAAAACCCUUCUCAACAAUGGCGACCAAAGUUGACGGGACAGAAGCUGACAAGGCUUCCGAAGCAGUUGCAACGUCUAACAAGCGCAAUGCCUUUUCGGAACUCAUGUCGCCCAAAGCGAAGCAGCCAAAAGCAGAGUCUCCAAAGCACAUUGGAAAGUUGAGCAAUCCGAAUGAUCCUCGCAAUGGACUUCUUGCCUACAUCCUCGAGCCUACAAAGUAUCACCCAAACAUCGUCAUCAAGUAUAAUGACCGCUUCGUCCUUAUCCGCGACGCCUUCCCAAAAGCCACGAUCCAUCUACUGUUGCUCCCGAGAGAUGCAUCCAAAAGAGAUCUUCACCCUCGCGUUGCUCUGAACGACCAGGAGUUCCUCAACGAGGUACGAAGUGAGGCCGCGGCAGCCAUUGACUUGGCAGCAUCUGAACUCUCCCGCCAGAUCAGUCGUUAUUCAGAAUCAUGCAAAGCUCACAUUGCAGCCAUGGAAAGUGAGGAGCUUGUCGAUGAGCUACCGCCUAGUCGGGACUUUUCCAAAGAGUUUCGAGUGGGCAUUCAUGCACACCCAUCAAUGAACCAUCUCCACGUUCAUAUCAUCAGCCGCGACAUGCACUCGGAUCGAUUGAAGCAUCAAAAGCACUACAACAGCUUUAACACGGACUUCUUCAUCCCCCUUGAGGACUUCCCGCUUGCAGAAAAUGACAUAAAACGGGACACCAGCUACCAGAACGGUAAUCUCAAACAGGAGUACAAAUGUUGGCGAUGCGGGAAGAUGUUUGGGAACAAAUUCAAACAGCUCAAAGAACAUUUGGAGGAAGAGUUUCAGGUGUGGAAGCGGGAAUAGAAUGCAUUGACUCG